AGAGAAAGAGGCAACUACAUUGCCUGGAGGAAGCCUAAGGAAGCCAGGCACCCAGCUGCCCACUGCCCAAGCCCAAGGUUCUUCCCAGGAAGACAAACAUAGGAGACCCACAUUCCUGGAAGCAUCAGCCUUUAUCUUUUCACCUUGAAGACCCCUUUCUCAAGAAUCCUCUGCUCUUUGUGCUCUAAAGCCUUGGCACAUCUAGGAUCCAGGCAUCUUGCUUUAUAGCCACAAAGAGACAGAUGAAGAUGCAGAAAAAAAGGAAUGUUCUCCUUACAUUUUGGCUACUAUUGCUUUUAGAAGCCGCAAUAAAUUCCAGUGGGACUAGUACCUCUGCCAACACUGGAUUCAGUGUGACCACCACUGGGGCCAGCACAGCCACCAGCUCUGGGUCCAGUGUGACCUCCAGUGGGGCCAGCACAGCCAACUCUGACUCCAGCACAAUCUCUAGAGGGACCAGCAUAUCCACCAACUCUGAGUCCAGUACAGCCUCCACUGGGGCCAGCACAGCCACCAACUCUGAGUCCAGCACAACCUCCAGAGAGGUCAGCACAGCCACCAACUCUGAGACCAGCACAACCACCAGUGGGGCCAGCACAGCCACCAACUCUAACUCCAGUACAACCUCCAGUGGGGCCAGCACAGCCACCAACUCUGAGUCCAGCACAACCACCAGUGGGGCCAGCACAGCCACCAACUCUGAGUCCAGCACAACCUCCAGUGGGGCCAGCGCAGCCACCAACUCUGAGACCAGCACAAUCUCCAGUGGGGCCAGCGCAGCCACCAACUCUGAGACCAGCACAAUCUCCAGUGGGGCCAGCACAGCCACCAACUCUGGGACCAGCACCACCUCCAGCGGGGCCAGCACAGCCACCAACUCUAAUUCCAGCACAACCUCCAGUGGGGCCAGCACAGCCACCAACUCUGGGUCCAGUGUGACCUCUGGAGGCUCUGAAACAUCAGCUCCGACUGAAACGCACACAACCUCUGGUAGAGUUAGCACAGGUGCUGCUACUGCAGUGAGUGAGGCGAAGCCUGCCGGGUCCCUGGUGCCGUGGGAAAUCUUCCUCAUCACCCUGGUCUCGGUUGUGGUGGCCGUGGGGCUCUUUGUUGGGCUUUACUUCUGUAUGAGAAACAGCCUGUCCCUGAGAAACGUCUUUAACACAGCUGUAUACCGCCCCCAUGGCCUCAACCAUGGCCUUGGCCCAGGUCCUGGAGGGAAUCGCGGAGCCCCCCACAGGACCAGGUGGAGCCCUGACUGGUUCUGGAGGAGACCAGUAUCCUCGAUCGCCGUGGAGAUGAGCGGGAGGUACAGCGGGCCCUGAGCAGCCCCCGAGGCGAGUGCAACAUUCUUCAGGAAGGAGGAGACCCGGGGACCCGAGACCUGGUUUCCUUCAUUCACCCCAGGAGACCCCUCCCAGCUUUGUUUGAGAUCCUGGCAAUCUUGAGGGAGACAUUCCUUACCUCUCUUGCCUUUAGCAGACACUGGAAAGAGGAUACCAUAUUGCUCAUUUAGAAAUAAAUACAUCUAUCACACAUGACAAAGAGAAGCUGCAUGUGCUCCGGGGUGGAUGUCUCUAGUUCAGAGACGAACUUCUCAGUUAUAGGAGAAAACCUCCAUGCUGGAAUCCAUCUGGCAUUCAGAAUCUCCACAGUCAAAUCCAGAGACCU